AGAAGAAGAGGAAGAAAAAGAUAAAGAAAUAUAAGCAGGAAAAGAGAAAAAUUAAAGAUUUUCUAGCAUUUGAUAUCUUAUUUUUUUAGUUAACAUAAAAUAUACAAUCAAAAAAUUGACUUGUAAUCUCACAUUAUAAGACAUUACCAAGAAAAAUUCAAGAAAGGAAUGACAGUUGAAUAAGAUUACAAAAUUUCAUAUGGAGGUGUACUUAGAUUGCAGACUUGAAAGUAAAUAUCCAAAAACUAUGAGCAUGAAACAAAAAUGAACAGAUGCUUGCCAAUGAAAAACACUGCUCUCACAAUGUCUUCAACAUGUAAUUUGUUGGUACUGGUGCUUAUGGCAACUUUUAAAGAUUGUCUUUCAACAACAAGAUUUGUAAAACAAGUACAACAAAUACCAAUUGAAUUGCAAGUAGCCGAAGAACAACCAAUAGGCAAUGAAAUUGGAACUUUGCAAGCAACUACAGAUUCGAACAAGGUAAUAUCUUAUGAGCUGGAUUCUAAAAUCACACACAUCUUAAAGAUCAAUAACGCUACUGGUGUGAUUACAAAUAUUGCUAGAUUGGAUGCUGAGGCUGAAGUGUUCUGGCAGUUCAGCGCCUUUGCAUCCACUUCUGCCAAUGAUAAGGCGACUACAUUAGUGAAUUUGAUUGUGAACGAUGUCAAUGAUAACACUCCAACGUUUUCACAAGCUUCCUAUGAAGUUUUUAUUUUGGAGAACGCAGAAAUAAACAGUUCUGUGACCAAAAUGACAGCCAGAGAUGCGGACGGCAGUGAUUACAUUUCGUACUCAUUUACAGAUGGAGAUCAUCCUGUGUUCUCGAUCAGAUACGACGGGAAAGUGACCACCAAAUCUCUCUUGGAUUACGAAACAAAAAAGACAUACAAAAUCAACGUGACUGCGUCGGAUGGAACUAGAAAGAAUUACACCAUGUUAAACAUCAAAGUGUUUGAUUUUGAUGACCAAGGUAGCGUCUUUGAGAGAAGCAUAUACAAUGCCCAAAUAAAAGAAGGAACAUAUUUCGAGAGACAAUUUCUAACUCAAGUGCACGCAUACGACUUAGACUUCGGGAUCAAUGCAUCUGUAGUAUAUAGAACAGCUCAAGCUAAUAUUGGAAGUGCUCAAAUAUGGAUUGAUUCUGUUACUGGGGAAGUUUAUUUGUCAGGAACAAUAGAUCGCGAAAACUCGAGUAGUAUUGAUAUUCACGUUUCGGCUGAAAAUUUAAAACACCCAGCCGCUCAAGCUAUUAUUAAAUUAAAAGUUGUUGACAUUAAUGAUAACAGUCCAACAUUUACAAAGCCAUCAUUUACCGGUUACAUCAAUGAGAAUUCAGCUGCCGGGACACCGAUUUUACGAGUGACGGCAUAUGAUAGAGACGAGGGAAAUAACAGUGCAAUCAAGUUUACUAUCACUAAUAUCGAAAGUGUUCCCUUCAAAAUCACAACAGAAGGAGAGGUACAAGUCAAUGGGUUAUUGGACAGAGAAACACGUGAUAUUUACGUGCUAAAGGUUGAAGUAGAAGAAAUCUACACGAUAGAAAAAUAUCACGCAGAAACGUCCGUUGUAAUCAACAUUAUUGAUACGAAUGACAACACACCAGAGUUUGCUGAGAAAUCAGUUACAUUAAAUAUCUUGGAAAACAAAAAACCUCCUGUCCAGUUGAAACAGUUUACAGCCACGGAUAAAGACAUGGGAAGUAAUGCAAAGUUACUCUAUUCAAUCAAAUCAACAUUCGCCAUGCAAGAUUUCGCCUUAAAUAAUGUGACUGGAGUUCUAUCCACAGCAAAAAGUUUGGACCGUGAAAAAAUUUCGGAAUAUCACUUCCAAGUAGAGGUAUCAGACCAAGCGUCGAUUGAACAAAAAAGGACUUCAACUAUAUCGGUUACCAUAUUUGUGGAUGAUGAAAAUGACAACAUACCUUUGUUCGAAAAAAGCAUCUACGAAGCGUACAUCAUUGAAGCUGUCACUCCUAACACUAUCGUCUCUACUGUAACGGCUAAUGAUCCUGAUUCAUCUAUUAAUGGCGAAAUUACUUAUGCUAUUGUUUCUGGACAGAACCAAACAUUCGUCAUCAAUCAACGCAGUGGAGUUGUGCGUACCAAAGACUAUCUGGAUCGAGAAACUCAAGACAAUUACAAUUUGACUAUUAGUGCAACUGAUGGUCACGGAAAGACUUCUUUGUGUAAUCUAGUCGUGCGUGUAUUGGAUAGUAAUGAUAAUCGACCUAUAUUUGCAGAACAAGGUGGAUAUACAUUUAGUGUUUUUGAAGGAAAAGUUAAUGCAUAUGUUGGAAAAAUUCAGGCAACAGAUGCUGAUGAAGGACAAGCUGGUCUUGUUACAUACAGCAUUUUAGACAACACAAACUUUCAAGUAAAUAGCACCACUGGCGAUAUAUACACAUUAAAAUCAUUAGACAGAGAGAAAAGUAAUAUUGAGAUAUUCACCAUUGUUGCAACUGAUUCAGUGAUUGACUACAGAAGUGGGUAUGGUCAGGUUAGGGUAAACAUCAAAGAUGUUAACGAUAACGCACCUAUCUUUAAAGACAAAGAAUAUUCGCUUGUCAUCCACAAGGAUACAUCUCCAAAUACAAUUAUACAUACUGCCAUUGCUACGGAUAGCGAUGUUGGCAAAAAUGCUGAAAUAAAAUAUAAAAGUGAUAAUUUGCCAGCAUUCCUUUCCUUAAACAGCAGCAGUGGGGAAUUAAAGUUGAAAUCUAGAAUACCCAGUACACUUACCAAUGUUGUAAUUCUUGUGGUUGCUUUUAACCCAAACAAUUUAAAUCUGAGCGGUAUGGUAACUAUCACUCUACUUAUACAAGCUACGCUAGUCGAUGCACCAGUAUUCCAAAACCAAGUUAUACAAGUUCACGUUUUAGAGGGUAAACCAAUUGGAACACUAGUCACUGAUUUAAACGCAACGUAUCACGGAAAACAUGAAAAUGCAGGCGAUUUUGUAUAUUCAAUAAAACAUGGUGGAAACGGGGAGUUUUCAAUAAAUCAACAAAAUGGUUUUCUUAAAACUGCAAACAUACUUGACAGAGAAGCUAUAGCUGAGUAUACGAUUAUUGCAUCUGUUUCGUUACGAGGUCAAGACUCAGUAAACUUUGCUACCAUCAGAAUUCAAGUAGGAGAUAUGAACGAUAACCUACCAUAUUUUAUAUCAAAUUACAGCAAGUUGUACAUCCAAGAAAACAUGGCAACCAUAUUGCAACCUCCCCAUAUCAGAUGUGCAGAUGCUGAUUAUGGAAACAAUGCUUUAACCACAUACACUGUUAUUGGAGAAUCUCCAUUAACUAUAGACUCAAGCACGGGAGAACUUAACUUGAAUGGACCUUUGGACCAUGAAAAGACUCAAGAAUUCAACCUAACAAUCAAAUGUGAAAACUCUCUUGCCGAUGUCAAGCUUUCUGCAACCAAUAUUAUUCGUGUAAUGGUUCAAGAUGAGAAUGAUAACGCUCCUGUAUUUGAGAAAGCAAUGUAUCAUGCAAACGUUACAGAAAACAACGUUGAUGGAAUGGAUCUAAUCACUACAAGAGCUGCAGACAAUGAUAACGGACUAAACGGGAGAUUACAUUACAGCAUUGUGUUGGUAACACCUUCUUCAACUUGUUUUGAAAUAAAUGCAAGAACUGGGUUAAUUAAGCUGAACUGUGUGCUGGACAGAGAAAAGCAUGAUAAAUACCAGUUACAAAUAAUAGCAUCUGAUUCCGGUGCACCUUCUCUCUCAACGGUUGUUAAUCUAUUUGUCACUGUGUUUGACGUGAACGACAAUAUUCCUGUGUUGGACAGAAGCUUGUACGAAUUCACGUUGUCUGAGAAUAGAAAAGCAGGUGUCAUUGAAAAGAUUGGUAUUACUGAUAAGGAUUCAGGACCACCAUGCAAACAUUGCGUUAUACAUAGUGGUAAUGAUCAAGGCUUAUUUCAAAUAUCAGAAGAUGGAAGCUUGUUGACUUUAAAGAAACUUGAUCGUGAAAUAAAUGCAUCUCAUUAUUUGACAAUGCGCUCCUACCAUACACAGACGCAUAACACAUCCAUUCUGACAUUCUCAAAUACAACUGAAUACGUUGAAUGCUCGAUUGUGAUCACUGUCGAAGAUGAAAAUGAUAACGCACCAUUUUUUGUUGAAUCUAACUUAUACAUAGGUGUUUAUGAUGGAUCUCCAUACGGUACAUUGCUAACAACUGUCAGUGCUAUAGAUUAUGACGAAACACCAGGCGUACUUUACAAUAUCACAUCAGGGAACGAGGAUCGCUUAUUUACAAUCAAUGGCAGGACAGGAGAAAUAAAAACCACGUUUCGUUUAAUGCAUAUCCAGAAAAUGAGAACGUUGAAAAUUAUUGCUCACGAUAACCAUGGAAGACCACCUUCGAUGAAGUCAACGAACCAGCUUUCAAUAAAUGUUCUGGUCUUUGAUAAUGAUGCUUUAGGGAGCUUUACUACGACAGCUAAACCAGGGUAUAUUUAUGAACAUAUUGGUGAGCUAGAAAGGUUGCUAUCAAAUUUAACAAAGGCACAUGCAAAACUUCACGAAGUGCUGCCAACGUCAAAAUCAUCAACUUCGAAAGUCACAUUCUAUGCUAUUGAUGUUGAAAAUAAGAAAAUGUUAUCCAAGAAACAGCUAACAAGCUCAUUAAUUGAACAUUUUCUUCAAAAUUGGAACAUAUCAAGUGUUGGAGUGGCGUCAGUAGCUGCAAUCAUUCAAGAAGCUGACAAUGAAAGAGAUCUAUUUAUAGGAAUUAUCUUGGGCAUAUCAGUGCUGGUUGUGUUACUAACGAUAUUAUCCAUUUACUUGUGGUUAAGAGGGGGGAGAAGAAAAAGAAAAAGACAGCGACCCUCCAGCAUCAUCGUCAACAACAGGCUACCAAAACCAAAACCAAAAUCCUCCCCAGACGUCGACGGUGUCCAAAAUGGAUAUCAUUUAGAGGCAUAUGAUAGCACGAACAUCUACGACACAGUACGCUAUCACGCCAAUGAACCAGAAUUCCCGCCACAAUCUUUCUACGCUUCACAUGAAACUCAAGGGAACGACUACCAAGAAUUUGACGAAGGGGUAGAGAAUAUGCUUGACAAUGCUUGGGCGUAUGGGGACAAUGAGAGUGUCAACGGGGAAAAUACCAAGAAAAAUGAAGAUAUUGCCAAUAAUAAUAAAGCCGAAAUGAAGGAAAAGGGGAAAAUUAAAGAUGCGGUUGCAUCAACCGCUCUCUGAAAUACGCGGUUUAUUAAAAAAAAAAUAAAAAAAUAAAAUGGCCUAUUUAUGGAAUAGAAUCGAAUGAAAAUUAGUCAAUUAAAAUUCAGGUUCUUAGUUAAAACAAUUCGAAAAUAAAUAUACCA